AUGCUCCGGUUCCGAGACAUGCCCAAAUCGAGAUAUCGAAAUGUCGAACAAGUACAGCCAGAACGAACAAGGAAAUCCGCGUAUGCAGAGAGAAACGCCGCCAUAGCCAAAGAGAAUGAAGACGAGGGACAAGAGGCUGCACCGGUGCCUGAUCGCUCACACAUCGAUGAGUUGGUUGUCACUGGUCGUGGCUUUGAAGCUGUCAAGGCGAUUGCUUCUGUCAAGGACAGGAUUGAUGACAAGACAUCGGUAUGCCUUUUGAACGACGGCAUUGGGGUCCUGGAGCAAGUCCGCAAAAUGAUAUUCGACGGAACGCAGCCUGAACCAAACUUUUUCUUGGGACAUAUGAGCCACGCAUUGGUCUUUAACCGGAAUCGGGACUCCGUUAAGCAAUUGAAGGCCGGGCGAACAAUUCUGACCAGCGCCGACGCGGCUCUAAACACACCAAAGGACUUGCAUGCAUCCCUCGACUGUAACGUGCCUACUUUUAUGCAAUCACUAAGACAUGCCGAAUUGCUUCAGUCAAGUUACAGUACCUACGACCAAUGGCUGCGGUUCAAACUACCUUCCCUCAUGUUUACCGCUGCUGUUGAGCCCGUGUGCGUGCUUCUCGAUUUGCCAUACCGCGGUUUGACGACCAACCGAUCAGGGCAAAAGAUGAUGAAUCAGCUGUUGGGAGAGAUGGCUCUGGUGACAGAAAGUCUGCCAGAAGUCCAGAAUUCACCAGAUCUUAUACGGUUCCUUCGCGGCGAAGGUCUCAAAAAGUUCUGCUAUCGUCGUAUCACAGGCAAGGCCAAUGCCCCAAGUGAGCUACUCAUGCGCAUCAACAAGGGUCUGCAGACCGAUAUAAACUACCAAAACGGCUUCUUUCUGAAUCGAGCCGUGGAUCUUGGCAUUCACACACCUACGAAUAAGUUGAUGGUGCACAUGAUCAAGGCAAGGCGACAAGAAGCAAUGGAGAAGAGGAAAUUAUAUAUACCAAUAGAGGAAACAUCGGCGGAGCAAAUUAGAGAGAGAGUUCGGCGUCGGGGAAUACCAAGGGGCAAUCUCAUAUAG